GAUAAUGUGUCCGUCAUAAUAAAUGGACCCGGAAGAAGAACCUCAACACCACCACAAACCAGUGGCCAUGUGCAGGAAGGCAGCGCUGCGGACGUGAAACACUGAAGGUGCCGACGUUGGACAGGACAAAUCUUGCUGUUCCCCAAUGCUGACAUCACCAGUGUCUCGGAACAAACUUCAAUUCGAUCUGUAAAGGUCUAUCUACCUACACCCCUCUACACACCACACAACCAACCAGCUCUAACCGGCACCUCUGAAACCCAAGAUGGCUACUAGAUUUAAUGCCCUGAUGGCUACGGUGGUCACCCUGUUGGGGGCCACCUUGGGAGGCCUGUUACUAUGGCGACAGCUAACCCUGAGGACACAGAAGAAGCGGCGUCUAGCUCCGGGUCAGAUAGGGGUCAGCACUGGUCCCGUAUCAGUGGAACAGCUGAGUCCUGUGAAACCAGAGCCUGUGGUUGUGGAGCCAGUCGAGUCCCAGCUAACCCCUGGUCAAAGCCUGGACCUCCUCCUGCCUGUUUCACUGCCCCCUGCUGACCAGCUCUUGGCAGUGCAGUCUGUGAUGGUGAGCUCUGAGGAGGAUUGGGAGCAGCUGUGGCCGUCGCUGCAAAAGGAGCUAUCAGUCUACCCCGUCCUCGGGCUGGACUGCGAAUGGGUGUCAGUGAAUGGUAAGUCGUCAGCUGUCUCCCUCCUCCAGAUGACUUCCUACUCUGGCCUGUGUGUGGUGGUGAGGCUACAGCUGCUCCGAGGAAGCCAGCAGGACUUUCCCCUCAGCUUGAAGGAGGUCCUCCGGGACCCCCAUGUCCUGAAGGUGGGCGUGGGCUGUUAUGAGGACGGGAAACGUCUGACCCGAGACUACGGUCUGUCUCUGGGGAGUACCGUGGACCUGAGAUAUCUCGCACUACGACAAAGGAAAGUAGUGCUCAACAAUGGUUUGAGCCUCAAGUCUCUGGCUGCUGACCUGCUCAAUGUGUCUCUGGAUAAAUCCAUGGCUCUACGGUGCAGUAACUGGGAGGCUGACCAGCUGACCCCAGAACAGAUAGCUUACGCAGCCCGAGACGCCCAGGUAUCCAUCGCCCUGUUCAUCCACCUGCUGGGCCUCAACUCAGACACCACGCCCUCACCUGACAGUGGGAGUGGCUAUACCCAGCUGGCCAAUCGCUGCCAGGGCCUGGUAGACACACCCUUCAGGGAGAGGGGUGAGGGAGAGGACGGUGAGAGGAAGAGGAAGAAGCGGCAGCAACCUACUUUGGAGACUGGGGACCAGCAAGUACCAGACCCCAGAAGGAACAACAGGAGAAAACCGCUCGGCGUGGGCUACGCUGCUAGGAAGUCUCCUCUUUAUGACAACUGCUUCCUCUAUGCCCCGGAUGGACAACCCCUCUGUACCUGCGACAAGAAGAAGGCCCAGUGGUACCUGGAUAAAGGAAUCGGAGUGAUGCAGAAUGAGGAGCCCUUCAUCGUGCGUCUGCUGUUUGAGCCUUCUGGACGUCCAGACUCCCAGCAAGACUACUACCUGACUGCCAAGGAGAACCUGUGUGUGGUGUGUGGCAAGAACAACUCUUAUAUCAGGAAGAACAUCGUUCCUCAAGAAUACAAACGUCACUUCCCCUCGGAGAUGAAGGACCACAACUCCCAUGACAUCUUGCUGCUGUGCACUUCCUGUCACGCGGCCUCCAACGUGCACGACGGCUUCCUGAAGCAGCAGCUGGCUGAUGAGUAUGGCACGCCCCAGGGGUGUGAGGAGGGCGUAUAUCUCCUGGAGGACUCUGACCGCAGGAGGGUUCGUUCUGCAGCCCGAGCCCUGCUCACCGUGGGGGCUGGGCUUCCAGAGGCCAGGAGAGAUGAGCUACAGAAGGUCAUAAGGUGCUUCUUCAACAACACUGACUUGGAGCUGACUCCUGAGACACUUCAGAGUGCUGCAGACCUGGAGACCAGGAUCUUCAAUGAGAGCUACAUUCCCCACGGGCUGAAGGUGGUGAAGGCAACCGCCGAGCAGGGCCUGAAAGGAUUAAUAGAGCUGGAGCGCCGCUGGAGGCAACACUUCCUGUCUACCAUGACACCUCGCUACCUUCCUUCUCUCUGGUCUGUCAGCCACAACCACAACAAGUUACUACGCACGUACGGAGAGGACCUUCCCAUCCAGCUUAACUGACCUACAGUCACCACACCACAGUCUGUUUCCCAGGCUACAUCUGUCUCGGUUUGUCUGGUUCUCAGGCUGGAUCUGUCUGGUUCCCAGGCUACAUCUGUCUCGGUUUGUCUGGUACCAGGCUGAUCUCAUCAGCUGUUGCAGCAGCCUCUACCUGGGGAUUACACAGUAUCCCAGAGAACAGACUAAUGCCUACAGGUGAAGGGUUGUAAUUCUGUGUGUUCAGUGCCUGCCAUCCUCAGUCUACUGUUGGCUGGACGAGGACAUCUGUUGCUCUGAUCUGAUUGUGGUGCCUUACAUGUUAAAUGCCAGACUGUGCUUGUGGGCUCAGCAGGAUGUAUUGGCUGCCUUACUGACAAGUUGGCACCCUGUUCUUUUAUAUAGUGUAGUACAUUUUGAGAUCUAGAGCCUGAGGAGAGAGACUGCCUUGUUGUUCUGACCGAGGUCAAAUAAUUCUGUGUCAAGAACACUAACUGGAGACGAUGGUGCAGAAUUCAUGACGAAAUCCUAUUGAAUAAAAACCUGAACCACUGGUUUAGGAUCCCAAUACUCUGAGUUACAGUGUCAAGGAAAACAAAACAUGAAGCUGACUGAAUUUCCUGAGGGGAAACAGCCCUAAUGCUGUCAACCAGAAUCACAUGUUUAUUUUCCUACAACAGACAAUAUUUUACAUCCAGUAGAUUUUAAUGACGCAAGAGUUCAGUCUGCUUUGUGUUUUCCUUGUUGCCAUGGAAAUACCAGGUAUAGUACUCUCACCACAGUGGUAUGGUGACGAUCCCUGCUAUGGGUCGGUUUCCCAGAUAUAAAACUAGUCCUAGCCAGAAAAUAGCGUAGGAGACUAGACUUCAUCUAGGCCCAGGAAACGGGCCCCAUACAGUGCAUUUGGGAAAGUCUUCAGACCCCUUGACUUUUCCCAUAUUUUGUUACAGCCUUAUUCUUCAAUGGAUUAAAUGGUUGUUUUUUUUUUUUCCCCUCAUCAACAUAUCCAUAUGACGUCGAUUUAGGAAGCACCCCACACAUCUCUAAUUGUACAACUGACUAGGUGUGUCCUCCCCCCCCUUCCUUUCUCAUAAUGACUAAGCAAAAAACUUGUUUUUAGAUACUUUUUUUGCAAAUGUAU